AUGAGUGGAAGUUGGUUCAGCCUGCGGUUGUCUGAUCACCGAGGGGGAGACAUGCUAGCAGGCGGCCGGGGCCGGCGUAGGAGGAGAGAUGAGGAGUAUGACGAGCCUGAUGAGAGGCCGGAGCUGCAGGCAGAGAGACGGCCAGGGGAUGAGCAGGAGGACGAGGAGCUGGAGAUCAGUGUGUACACCAAAAGGAGGCAGAGUCCGGAGGAGGAGGAGAGGCUGGAGAAGGAGCACUUCUGGAAGAUCAUGAACGCCUUCUCCUGGUAUAGAACACACAUCUAUGAACGUGUGACCCGAGCAGAGAAUCAAUUUCAGUGUCUUCCUAAAUAUCAACAAAAAAUGCUCCCACACUUCUUCUCUAACAUGGAUAAAUUGCGCAGAUGUGCAGAUCAGAAUCAGGAGAUCUUGCAGAUGAUUGUGAAUGACUGCACACGCAUGUUUGAAAACAAGGAAUAUGACAGUAAUAGCCACAGAAAACUGAGCCCUGCAUCCAGCUUCGAUAUGGACAAGCUAAAGUCCACGAUAAAGCAGUUUGUACGUGAUUGGAGUGAAGAGGGCAAGACGGAAAGAGACUCAUGUUAUCAGCCUAUCAUAGAAGAAGUUUUAAAGUCUUUUCCCAAAGAGAAAUGUGAUGUAUCCCAAAUUAGCAUCUUAGUGCCUGGUGCAGGACUUGGAAGACUGGCUUGGGAAAUCGCAAGACACGGUUAUGCAUGCCAAGGAAAUGAAUGGAGCUUUUUCAUGCUUUUCUCUUCUAACUUUGUAUUGAAUAGAUGUUCACACGUUAAUGCUUUUAAACUUUAUCCUUGGAUCCAUCAGUUUAGCAACAACGUGAGAUCGGCUGAUCAAGUAAGACCUGUUUACUUUCCUGAUGUCAAUCCUCAUGAUCUCCCAACAAAUUCAAAUUUUUCCAUGACUGCAGGAGACUUCCAGGAAAUAUAUUCAGAUAACAAUACAUGGGAUUGCAUAGCAACAUGUUUCUUUAUAGACACUGCUCACAAUGUUCUGGACUAUAUAGAGACAAUCUGGAAAAUUCUCAAGCCAGGUGGCCUAUGGAUUAAUUUAGGACCUCUUCUGUAUCACUAUGAAAACAUGGCUAAUGAACUCUCUAUAGAACUGAGUUAUGAGGAUAUCAAAAAUGUUAUAUUGCAGCAUGGAUUCCAAAUACAGGCUGAAAAGGAAUCUAUGAAUACAACAUACACUGCAAAUAAUUUAUCAAUGAUGAAAUACUGCUAUGACUGCGUGUUUUUUGUGGCUCAGAAACCACAGUAG